CAUCAAUUUCUCUUUCUGACAGAACACCGGCAAAAGAGAAAAAAAACCAAGAAAAGAUGGAGGACAACGUACUUUGCCAAUUUGCUGGAUUUUGCAUCUUUUGUUGAUCCAGACACGUUCGGUCCUCAGUUUCCAUGGAUUCGAUCAGACAUGGUUAAAGCGGAGGAUAGGAAGAAAACAGUCAUCCAGUUGUCUGCUGGCAAUUCAGACAGACAUACAGGGAAACCUUCCAAAUCUUGUUUCUUGCGAAAGAAGUAAGCUUUUCUCGUUUUUCUGUAUGCCAGAGGUUCGACCCAUUUAUGCGUCAGCCAUGAACGAGAAAACCCAGAUUCUGUUUUCCCUUCUAUGCUUCUCUUUUCUUCUGGUUUCUCCGAUUGAAUCAAAUGGCGAGAAUUUGGCUCUAAGCUGUGGUGCAUCAGAACCAGCGGCUGAUUCAGACAAGAGAAAAUGGGAGCCGGAUGCAAAGUUUAUCAAAUCAGGAAACUCGAUUCAGGCAACCGCUUCCUAUCAAGAUCCUUCACUUCUUUCGACAGUUCCUUACAUGACAGCCAGAAUAUUUACAUCUCCGGCAACAUACGAAAUCCAGGUUAAAGAAGCCAAACGACAUUACCUCCGGUUCCAUUUCUACCCUUCAACGUACACUGGCCUCGACAUCUCCAACUCGUACUUCUCUGUCACGGCGAACGAUGUUACACUUCUGAACAAUUUCAGUGCUGCUAUCACAUGUCAGGCAUUAACGCAGGCUUACCUGGUUAGAGAAUAUUCUCUUGCGCCUACCGAGAGAGACGUUUUGAGCAUCACAUUUACACCUUCGGAUAAGUACCAGAAGAGCUUUGCCUUCAUAAACGGCAUUGAGGUCAUUGAGAUGCCAGAAAUGUUUGACUCUGCGGUUCUUGUUGGGUUUUCUGACCAGAUAGCCGACGCUAAAGCCGCUAACCUUCAGACAAUGUUCAGACUUAAUGUUGGUGGACAAGACAUCCCUGGAAGCCAAGACUCUGGUCGGUUAACCAGAACGUGGUACAACGAUGCGCCUUACAUCUUCAGUGCAGGCCUCGGUGUUACCCUUCAAGCAAGCGACAAGUUUAGAAUUGAUUACCAGAAAAUGCCUGUGUCUACUGCUCCAGCUGAUGUGUACAAGACGGCUAGAUCUCAAGGCCCGACAGGAGAUAUCAACAUAAAAUCAAAUCUCACAUGGAUGUUUCAGGUCGAUACCAAUUUCACCUACAUCCUGAGACUGCAUUUCUGUGAAUUCCAGCUUUCAAAGGUCAACCAGAAGGUUUUCAACAUUUACAUCAACAAUAAAACUGCACAAGCUGACCCUACUCCUGCAGAUAUAAUUGCGUGGACAGGAGAGAAAGGUAUCCCGACUUACAAAGAUUACGCCAUGUAUGUUGAUGCCAACAAUGGAGGGAAUGAGAUUUCACUUCAGAUGACUCCAUCAGCGUUAUCUAGACCAGAGUAUCUUGAUUCCCAGCUUAACGGGUUAGAGAUUUUCAAGAUGGAUUCCAUGAAAAAUCUUGCAGGUCCGAACCCAGAGCCAUCACCAAUGCAGGCUAAUGAGGCGACUCAGAAGGAAUUUCAAAAUGACAAAAAAACUGCCUUAAUCAUCGGUUCAGCUGGAGGAGUUGCGAUGGUUCUAGCAUUUUCGUUGUGCUUCACGGUGUAUCAAAGGAAAAGAAGAUUCCCCGGAAACGAUUCACACACCUCGAUCUGGCUUCCUAUAUAUGGAAACUCUCACACUUCGGGGACCAAAUCUACAAUUUCAGGGAAGAGCAAUAACAGCAGUCACUUAUCCAAUCUUGCAGCAGGCUUAUGCCGUAGAUUCUCCCUGUCUGAGAUCAAACACGGCACCCAUAACUUCGACGAGUCCAACGUUAUCGGAGUUGGGGGGUUUGGUAAGGUUUACAAAGGGGUUAUAGAUGGCAGCACCAAAGUGGCAGUCAAACGAUCAAACCCAAAUUCAGAACAAGGGAUCAACGAGUUUGAGACAGAAAUCGAACUUCUCUCAAGAUUAAGACACAAACACUUGGUGUCCCUGAUUGGAUACUGUGAAGAUGGAGGUGAAAUGUGUCUUAUCUACGAUUACAUGGCCCUUGGAACACUACGGGAGCACCUGUACAACACAAAGAAACCACAGUUAACUUGGAAGCGAAGGCUGGAGAUCGCCAUUGGAGCAGCCAGAGGGCUACAUUACCUUCAUACAGGAGCAAAGUACACGAUUAUACACCGAGACGUGAAAACAACAAACAUCUUACUGGACGAGAACUGGGUCGCCAAGGUUUCAGAUUUCGGGUUGUCCAAAACCGGACCAGACAUGAACGGAGGACAUGUCACGACCGUCGUCAAGGGUAGUUUCGGGUACUUGGACCCGGAAUACUUCAGGAGGCAACAAUUGACUGAGAAAUCGGAUGUUUAUUCGUUUGGAGUUGUUUUGUUUGAAAUCCUAUGUGCUCGACCAGCUCUAAACCCUAGCUUGUCUAAAGAACAAGUGAGUCUCGGAGACUGGGCACUGAAUUGCAAGAGAAAGGGGACUUUGGAAGAUAUAAUCGAUCCUAACCUGAAGGGCAAGAUCAAUCCAGAAUGUCUGACAAAAUUCGCAGACACGGCGGAGAAGUGUCUUUACGAAAGCGGAAUAGAACGGCCGACGAUGGGCGACGUCUUAUGGAAUCUCGAAUUCGCGCUUCAGCUGCAAGAGACAGCCGACGGUUCCCGACAUCGGACACCAAGCCAUGGCGGGGGCUCCGAUGACUUCGGAGGCGGAGGAGCGGUGGCGGUCCACGUCGCCGGCGGAGGCAUCCGAAGCGAAGAGCACGACGUCAGUGACCAGUCCGACGACAACGGUGGAAUCUUCUCUCAGAUUGUAAAUCCGAAAGGGCGAUAAGGUAAUUUCACGUCCAGAAAAAACAUAUAGCCGUUUUUUUUUAAAUGUAUUUUAUUUGAUGGAUCGCUGCUUAACUGAAAAAAAAAACUGUAAUUUUUAUUCCUCUGUUAUAUUAUUUAUGUAAUACAAGAACAUUGUACUACAUUCAUAGUUAGAAGUUGAUAUGGACAUUUC